AUGGAUUUCAUCGAAGGUGUCAGCGUCAACACGCUGCUACGGCAGCAGUACAACACCAGAUUACUCAGGGAUGACAUUUACGAUGAUGAUGUUAAAUUCCUUUACCGACAGUUCGCCCGCAUCCUCCUCCAGCUUUUCCAGAUCGACUUUACUGUGCUCGGCAGCCUCCCGACCCCCAUGGCACCGGCAGGAACUGUGCAGGCGUCUAUCUUGACAGAGCCAAUGACAUAG